AUGGCUUCUUCAAAUUUAAGGUUAUUUGCAACAUGUUAUUUGUUAUGGAUGAUUAUGCAACCACUGUCAUCAUGUAGUGCUAUUACUACUGCUGCUGCUGAUAAUAAUAAUGUAUGUUUUUAUAAAUCCAUCAUCAGUUUUGGUGACUCCGUUGCAGACACUGGCAACCUUAAACAACUUUAUUCAUUACGUAACAAAGUUUCUCAGUAUUUUCUCCCGCCUUACGGCCAAAACUUCUUGGAUCAUUCCACUGGUCGUUGCUCUAAUGGUCGCCUCAUUAUCGAUUUCCUGGCUGAGGAACUAGGGUUGCCAUUGGUACCGCCAUUUGUGCAAAAAAAAGAAAUAGGCAACGACGACCAGGAUUUCGGACAAGGAGUAAAUUAUGCAGUGGCGGGUGCAACUGCAUUGAAUUCAUCAUUUCUUGAAGCAAGAGGGAAUGUAAAUUCUAUGACAAACGCAUCCUUAGGGGUUCAACUGGACUGGUUCAAAGGAUCAUUGCCUUAUAUUUGUGGCAACACUUCAGAGUGUAGAAAGUUUAUUGGACGUUCUUUGAUCCUAAUGGGAGAGAUUGGAGGAAACGAUUACAAUAAUCCAAUAUUCGCAGGAUCACCAGUUGAUGAGAUCAAACCAUUAGUUCCUCUUGUUAUCGAUAGGAUCGUCUCAGCAGUCAAUGUAAUAACAUACUCACAGUGAGUUGAUUGAGAUUGGGGCUCAGAUGCUAGUCAUUCCAGGAAACUUUCCAGUUGGAUGCCUUCCAUCAUAUUUGGAAAUAUUUGGU